CUGUGCGAGCGGAAGGGGCGUGGAGAUGGCGGCGGGACGCUCCGGGUGCUGAGCGGCGCCCGGGAGUCUGCACUUCCCGGGGGUGCUUGCUGGUCCCCAGGCCCAUCCUGGCCAGGUGCCCGCCGGGCCCAAGGUGUGCGGACAGGGUGCUGCCUCGUGGCCCGCGGCCUCUGCUGCCCGCACGGAGGGAGGCCCCGCCAUGGCCCAGCAGAGAGCCCUGCCGCAGAGCAAGGAGACGCUGCUGCAGUCCUACAACAAGCGGCUCAAGGACGACAUCAAGUCCAUGAUGGACAACUUCAUCGAGAUCAUCAAGACCGCCAAGAUUGAGGAUGAGACCCAGGUGUCCAGAGCCACCCAAGGCGAGCAGGACAAUUACGAGAUGCACGUGCGAGCCUCCAACAUCGUCCGAGCCGGUGAGUCCCUGAUGAAGCUGGUGUCCGACCUCAAGCAGUUCCUGAUCCUGAACGACUUCCCGUCGGUGAACGAGGCCAUCGACCAGCGCAACCAGCAGCUCCGGGCGCUGCAGGAGGAGUGCGACCGCAAGCUCACCGCCCUGCGGGACGAGGUCUCCAUCGACCUCUACGAGCUGGAGGAGGAGUACUACUCGUCCAGGUACCAAUAGGGCUGGACCCGGACCCGGACCGCAGCCCCGGCAGCCCCCAAGGUCCUGCUUUUCCAAACCCUGCUGGUCCCGCAGCAGAGCCCGGGCCGGUUUCAGAGCGCACCUCCCGGUCAGAGCGUUCGACCACAGACACUUCCCACCGCCCCCCGGGCCCUGGGGUGAAACGCACAGAACUUCCAGGCUUGGGAGGCCAGAGCCAGCGGUCCUGCCCGGGUGCUGCUGCCUCUCUUUGGACCUGUCUGCUCCCUUUAGACCUUCCUGUCCGAGGCUGGGCUCGUUCCUCAGGCCGCCCAGGCUAUGCCCAGGUGCCACUGCUUGCCCACGGAGGCGAUUCCGUGUGGGCAUCGCCAGGCGCCCACGGAGGUGCGGGUGCCAGGGUCCCGGGAAGGAGGAGGGGACCAAGUAGAGGGGGGCUCAGCCUUGUCCACAGAGCCCCCUCCAUGCCAGGCCCAGGCUGUGCGCAGGGAUACAGCGGUGGGCGCGACCCAUCACCCAGCCUCGUGGGCCCACUGAGAAUCCUGAAACCUGAGGCCUUUGAGAAAUCCUAGUCCAAGUGCAACUUAUGCGGGGAAACCGAGGCUGGGCGGGCCUUAGUCCUCCGUUCCCGUUAGCUGGUCCCGCAGACAGGGAGUCCGGGCCCUGGUGCUCUCGCAGACAGCUGUCCCUCCAGGGGCAGGUUCUAUACGCCCCUUGCUGCCCCGUGGGAGCCAAGCAGGGGCCACGGAUGCCCAGAGCCAGCGUGCUCUGUGGUCUGGGGCGUGGUUCCCUGCCUGGGGUUCAGUGUCACUCGCAUGGUCCUGCCCAGCGUGGCCUCUGUGGGAAGGGACGUUAUGUCACUGCCCAGCUGGAGUGGUUCUAGACUUUUCCAGAGUGUCUGGGGCCGCCCCUGGGCCCUGAGACCCAUCGGCUCAGCAGACUUGUGGCAGUUGCCUCCUAACACACCGGCCUUCAGAGAAAAGUCCUGAGUGGGUCCCCGUGGGGGAGCUCAGACCCCGCUGGGACAUGGCCCACAGCCACACUGGUUUUGCAGAGUCCCUUCACGGACCCAGCAUCCCUAAGGGCCAGGCCUCUGGCCAGAGCAGCUCCAGGGCAGCGAUUCAGCCCUGCCCCUUAGGGUGAGGGCCCAGAGGAGCGGACCUGCCCCAGGUCACUGGGCGGGGCCUGAGCGCCAGGCUUCCCACACCUGCCCGUCAGCCUGGGGUUCACCCCAGGGGUUCCAGGCCUGCCUGCUGGUCCCGCCAGCAUCCCAGGGGCCUCGGGAGGCUGAGUUCCUCCCUCGUCUGUGAUGCCCGGGGCGGGCUGGUACCCUCCCUGCUUAUCCCUGGCAUGCGCAGCCCCCUCCACCCUCCGCAGCCCCGCUCGCCCACCUCCACGCUUGCUCGGCCGCUUUCCACUCAUGAUUUGCUGUCUGUCUACCUCUCCCUCUGCUGUCCUUGGACCCUCCUCUGUGACCAGGAUGGUUUCUGAGACUGAGCGCUGAGGGUGGGAGCGAGGGAGCAGCCACAGGAAGGGCAGGACGGUGAGGCGAAGGGGCCGUCAGCCUCCAUACCCGUGAGCCAUGCUCUUCCCCUGCACCCCACUCGGUCCUCCACAGCGUGUUGGAGAGGUGGGGUACAGGACGAACACCAGGGCCUCUUCCUGUCACCCGUCCAGGCUCUGUCCCAGCCAGGGGCAGACCCGGAAGUAAGACGGGGUCUCUGCCUCAGGAUUCUGGCCAAGUGCAGGAGCCGUGGGCUCUGGAUGCUGGCUGCCACUACCGGUGAGGCUGCCGCGCCCCCGCAGGAUGGGGUGGCAGCAGGGGCAGGACAGCCAGGUGACCCUCAGACGGGGCAGACCCCUGCUCGAUCAGCGGAGGGACCUGCCUGGCCGGUCCUGGACAGCCCUCCCUUUCCCUUUGGGAUGCGAAGGACCCUGACGCUGGGGGUCCCCGUGGGCCUCCCACCCAGCCAGGCCUGCUUGAAGGAGCGCCUGCCAGAGGGGAGAGGCAGGUGUGGGUCCGGUCUGUUUUCUUAACUCUGCUCCUGUGUCGCUCUCCCUCCCUGCCCUCUGCCUGCUCCUGUCUCCCUGGGCUUCUGGUGGUGGAAAAGCUCCAGUCUCCGCGAAGCUAACGAUCUGCCUCUGUGCGAAGCGUACUGGAGGCUGGACCUCGACACAGACGCUGCCGAUGGCCUCGCGGCCCCCCUGCGGGCCUCCCCAGAGCCCAGCGCUGGCCCCCUGCAGCCCGCCGCCCC